AUGGCCAGUAGCCCACAAAGACAACCCAGAGGGCGGAAUGAUCCACCCCAUGUCCAAAAACCUUUCUUGCAGAUGGCCCACGCCAGCGAGCCCCUCCUGACCCACCAAACGUGGGCUCAACGUGAGUUCCUCCUCCCCAGUGAGUCCUGGGAGUGGCCCGGCUUCACCCCGCAGGCCCACCACCGGCUGGCCCUGAAGCCGCCGCCCCGCACGGAGGUCAAGUCUGAGGUGCGUCGCCGACUGAUCUACCCUUCGAAGGACGCAGCACAGCACACCUGGGGCUUUCACACGUGGCUUGAUGUGGGCCGUUUGCCUGCCACCUUUCCCACCAGGCCCGACAGGCCCUACGAUAGCAACGUGUGGCGCUGGCUGACGGACCCCAGGGCCCACGGCUGCCCCCCAGCAGAGCCCCCCAUCCCCCCUCCCUCCUGGGUGGGUCGGAACAGUUUCCUGAGCUUCAUCUGCUGUACUCCUAUCUUCGCGGACGAGAACAGGAAGAACCAGAUGAUUGUCAGGACGAUACAGGAAGUGAGAGAGCUGGAGAAACUCAAGCUGAGGAGCGAAGUGAGGGCACCUCCACUCGACACCAAGGGCAACAUCCUGUGCCCAGAGAACUUCAAGAAGAGGAGCUCCCAUGGGGCACCUGGGUACUGGCACAUCUCAGCUGGUGGAAGGUUUGAGCCCCGAGGCCUCCAACUCAUGCCCAACCCACUUCCCGGUGGUUUUGCCAAGGGCUGGCUCUGCCCGAACCCUCUGCCUCAUUACCAGGAGAGGGUGCUAAAACUGGCCUUGCUGCCCAGCACACCCCUGAGCCAGGACCUUGUGAGGAAUUACCAAACCCUGAUAGAGAACCGGGUUGCCUUGCCCCUCUGUCAUCUCUCCAAAGCACCUCCUGGUAAAACCUUAGCAAGGAAGACAAAGAGAAGACCUGGACAGAUCUAA